AUGGGCGUGGCCAGCUCGUCCAUGUGUCGGUCGUGCUGGAGAUGCAAGCGACGACACCAACAGCUGUCCAAAUACCUGAGUCCCAGACAGGUGCAGCUGAUACAGUGCACUUGGUCGCUUCUCAAGGCAGACCUGUCGACCUUAGGGUUAACGGUCUUUCUGCAUUUCUUCGACAAGGAGCCGGAGCUGAAGAUGUUGUUCCCCAAGAUGAUCAGAAUGAACGAGAGCAACCAGCUGGAGUGGGAGGUGGACAAGGAUAUGUUACAGAAACACGCCCUGACGGUCAUGGAGGGGCUGGGAGCGGCCGUGGAGACCCUGCAGGACUCUCAGCUCUUGAAUGCUGUUCUUAUUGCCCUGGGUCAGACCCACGACAAGAGGAACAUCAAGCCCUGGAUGCUCACACGCAUGUGGCCUUCGCUAAGUGUUGGUCUGGAGGCGGUCCUGGCAGAUCACUACACAAGGGAAGUCAGCGAGGCCUGGAAGAAACUCUACAGCUACAUCUGCCUGCAGAUGAGGACUGGCAUGCAGAACCCUGACCUCUGUGUCGACAUCGACGAUGGGAUGUCUUCAUGA